AUGGAAACUACAUAUUUUAGGACAACUGCUUAUCGCCCGGCUGCUAACGGUAUGGUCGUAAGAUAUCAUCGACAAUUAAAAGCCGCAAUAAGAUGUCAUAACACUGAGCGCUGGACUGAGAUAUUACCGACAGUCAUUCUUGGUAUUCGAUCAGCAUGGAAAGAUCUUCAAGCGACUGUCGCUGAGAUGUUAUAUGGCGAGAGUCUAAGAUUACCGGGUACCAUGCUGGUAUCAACCCAAGAGACCAGUCAUAGUGAGUCCGAUUUUGUAAAAAAUCUUAGAAAGCAGAUGAGAAUGGUUAGGCCUGUGACUGGCACAAGGCAUGGGGAAAAACCAAACUUUAGGUUCAAAGAGAUGGAAAAUACAAAUUAUGGUUUGGCAAAUGUCACAGUUCACAGAAGGCCACAAAUACCACAGAAGAUUGGAAAGUAUCAGCAGUACGAACUUGCAUUAUAUUACAUGAUUUUAUCACUGCCACUGCUUGUACGUUGCCACUGCUUGUACGUUGCCACUGCUUGUAAGUUGCCAUCCCUACUGGAUUUUGACGUUCCAGCACUGACAAUACCAAAAUUCCAGCUAUCAUCGAUGGCAAAUACGUCAUAA